UGUGCCAGCACCUCAGCACCCUCACAGGGAAGAGCUUCUGCCUCAGAGCUCAUCUCAAUCUCCUCUGUUUGUGCCCAUUGUUACAGUCAUGCAUUCUGGAAAUUCCUCCCACGGCUGUCACCCAGACAUGCUGUAGCACACAGAUGUCUAUUGUUAAGGUUGCUAAUUUAUGUAUUUAAUAAUGAGGCAGGAAAAUAACUUUUUUAACAUUAACUUUUGCUUCUCAUGAUGAUUGUUGCUCCAGGCCAACUUUGUCGCAGCUUCGUGCAUAACGCUGGGAGGCUUCUGUCAGCAGGACCACAAUAGUCCUUGCUGAUGUGCCAGGCUGACCUUGGAACACGAGGUCUGUCCGUGAUCCUCCACCUCAUAUGGAUUUGCUCAGUUCCUCUUGCAGAGUGGGACAGGAACAUCUGAGCUCACGGCAAUUGAUCCUCUCCCAGUGCCACCACCCUGGCUGCUGCUGCCUCCAUCCCGGUCUGAUCUCAAAGCUGUGGCUUUGGUUUUUGCUUGCCAAGCAAGGCACGGGCAGCUGUGCUGUGCGGGUCUGGUGGCUUGGUGCCCUGCUCACCCAGUGUGGAUCUGGCACCAGGACCCGCUCCCAUCCUGCCUCCCUUACGCCAUGCUCAGCCAGUGCUCGGCUGCCGGCGGGAGCCGUGUGCUGCGACCCCUCGAGCGAAGGCACGGUCACCAGCUGUUCAUCCCGCCCGCAGCCGCCCCCCACUGCGGCACCGCCGCCGGGACGCCCUCCCCAGGCGGGCACCGGCCCCUCGUGCUGCUCGGCUCGGCUCCUGCCCGGCGCGGCUCCGGCCGAGCUCCGGCUCGGCUCGGCUCGGCUCGGCUGAACUCGGCUCGGCUCGGCUCCUGAGGCAAGGACAGUCGGCGGGCGCGGCGAGGCCGGUGGCCGUGGCGGGGCCUGUCCCCUUCAGCGGGGCCGGGCGCUGCUCGGGGGCCUCGUAGGCCGGCAGCGGGGCUGAGGCGGCGGCGGCGGCAUCUCCCCUCUCGGCAGCCGAGGCGCUGGGCCGGCGUCCGCGGCGGGUCCCGGCCUCCUCCCAGCACCCGGGCGGCCCCUCUCCUCCCCCGCAGCCUGGCGUCGGUCACGGGCCGCGGCACGGUCCUGCCUGGGGCAGCCCCGGGAGCGAGAGGCCGGUGAAGCUCCAGGGCCGCCGGUCAGAGCAGCGCGGCUGGAGGCAGCGCAGCGUCAGCUCGAGCCCGCCCGCUGCUCGUGCUGCAGGCACCGGGCUCCAUCGAACCGCGCGGACCGGCGAUGUUCUGGCUGGCGGGAGGUGCCGCAGGAGGGGUUCUCUCUGCACGUUUCCUCUAGAGCGAAAGCUGCUGCCAUCUUCUGCCGUGUGACAGGAGAGAGCUGGUGAAGGGUUUAGUAAUUUCCCUUUGACUCUCCUCCUUGCCUAGGCUGGCAUUCAGGGAGGAAGAAAGAUGCCACUGAAAUCAUUUACCUGUCCGUUGCCUGAAACAAGGUUUCUUCACGCAGGCAGCCGUGUGUACAAGUUUAAAAUCCGGUAUGGCCACUUCAGCAGUGCUCCUGAUUUCGACAACACAGAAAGUGCUGCCAAGGAGUUAGAGGAAGCAAUUCGAGUAAUCCUUGGAAAUCUUGACGAUUUGCAUCCAUUUUCUACAGACCACUUCACUAUCUUUCCAUAUUUGAGUAAAUGGGAGAGAGUAUCGAAGAUGAGAUUCAAACAUGAGAAUGUCCAUCUUGUGCCUUAUCCCUACAUUUGCACUAUGUAUCUAGAACUGAACUCAUUUCAGCAAAACGUACCUUGUGGUAAAGAAGUAAACCAGGGCAGUGAUGAGCUUGUGAAGAGAAGAAAUGAAGUCUCAGAAAGUACUGCAGGGGAAGCAUCAGUGAAGAGGAGAAGAGUGGAAGUCCAAGCAGAGACCUCAUGCCCACAGUUGGGUGGUCAGGUUGACAGGACUGGAGCUGAGUGUGUUCACCGUACGAGUAAAGCAAAGCAUGGAUUUGAAAUGAAUUCCUUCAGAGAAAAUGAGUGUGAGUUUAGUCCAGCGUCCCUUACAGUGGGCUGCAACCAAGUGAGUUUCUGGGGACCUGUGGUGCCUAACCCUGAACAAAGAAGAGCAACCUGUCAGGCUGACGGUGCAGGGCAGCUACUGCAGCAAAUGGACCGAAUGGUAAACAAAGGAGACAUGGAGUUGGACAGAAGAGGUCUCUCAAAGUUCUGGAGAAGGGCCUUCCCAGGGUGGACCUUCAGCCCCAUUAAGGUAAGUACAAUCUUUAUUUGGCCACUUAGCAACUGUGGCCUUUGUAACUUUGACUCCCAAAGACACCAUUUUAAACCAAAAUUAAAGUAACCAUGCAGACAGUUGCUGGGCAUUGUUGACUGAAGAAUGCUCUAAAGCUGUUGAAGUUGUGUCCCCCAAGAGUGGUCUGUUCACGGCACAGCACAAGCUGAACAGUAGCAGGAACUGUUUGUUUGGUAGCUGAAUCAGUUGUGGCAGAAAUGAAAGCCCCUGUAAUCAGAAUGUGUGCCGUUAACUGCUGAGACUCGACUGUUAUGGCACAAGUUAGUCUUUAUGUUUCCUCUAUUCUUUCAACCUUCCUCUGUACUAUUUUGUGCUGGGGUUGUGUCUUUCUGGUGGAUGCUGCUAUUAAGUGCAAGUAUUUUAAGUGUAACGUGUUGUUUUUGUUGUGUCCCCAGCACAAUCUUGUCGCCACUACAGCAUCUUUUUGGUGGAAAGAACUGACCUGAAAGCACUAAGUUGUGGAAAAGUAAACUUGCAGCGUGGCUGUCGGGUGGGAUUGUUUCUUGUGUAGUUCCGCUUUUCACAUUGCUUGUCUCAGCUUUGAAAUGCUUUAAAUGAAAUUCUACCUUGUUUAUAUUUUCAAAUUAACGUACUGGAGAUGUUGGGUUAAAGUGUCUUUUUCUUCACAACCUGGAGUAUUUUGGGAAAAGAGCAACAAGCUUUAAGAUUUUGAUCCUUGAGUGUCAUAAAUUGGGAAUUUUGCAGUUAAAAAUUCUGUGAGAUUCUAAUAAAAAUCAACCGGCAUCACCCUGGGACUGCAUGGUAUUUUAAUCAGUCUCAUGCAGGCAGAAAACACCUUUUCCCUCUCAGAAGAAGCAGAGGUUUCUGGUUUCAGAUAGACCCUUGUACUAUGCUUCACACCAUUAAAAAGGUGAAAAUUGGU